AUGGAGUCAGAGAAGGCCCUGGUGUUAACCAAUCAGAGCGCAGUGAUGUGGCGCCAGGAUGGCAGUCAUAAACUGACCAGAGGUCAGGUGUUUCCUGAGGACCUGUCCCCAAACGUUGUAGCUGUCUGUGGUGUUGUACUUCCCAGAACAUUUCCCAGACAGUCUGAACGGGUGGACCCAUUGGAUCUGGUUCUAGUGGACUCAACGUGCCAUAAUCUUAGGAGCCUGGCUCUGGCUGUGGCCUCCCAGAACCCUGUGCUCCUAGAGGGUCCAAUUGGAUGUGGCAAAACCGCCUUGGUAGAGUAUAUGGCUGCGAUCACUGGGCACACAACAGCGACACAGUUUCUCAAGGUCCAGCUUGGAGAUCAGACUGACAGCAAGAUGCUGUUAGGAAUGUACCGCUGUACUGAUAUACCAGGGAAGUUUGUGUGGCAGCCAGGAACACUUACACAAGCUGUCUCCAGAGGACAGUGGAUCCUCUUAGAAGACAUCGACCAUGCACCUUUGGAUGUGAUAUCUGUGCUUCUGCCUUUGAUGGAAAACAAAAAGUUGGUGAUUCCAGGACGGGAGGACUGCAUUGACAUCGCUCCUGGAUUUCAGUUCUUUGCAACCAGAAGGAUGUACCACAGUGGUAGCAGCUGGCACACACCUCUGAACACCCGUGCGGCACUGCUGGACAAAUACUGGACUAAACUACACAUACGCAACAUGAGCCGAGGAGAGCUGAAGAAGGUGCUGGACUGCAGCUUCCCGAUGCUCACGGUGGUGUCAGAUCGUCUGCUGGACAUCUACUGCCAGCUGAUCGGGGUCAGACACUCUGAGCUGGACUCGGGUACCCAAGAGAACCCUGAUGUCUGUCCCCAGGAUGAUUCUGAGGACCAGAGCACCCCACUGGAGGGGAGACAUCUGUCCCUGAGGGACCUCCUGAAAUGGUGUGAGAGGAUCAGUGUCAACUUUGAUGGCACAUCGGCAGCCAAAGCGCAGCACGUCUUCCAAGAGGCUCUUGACUGCUUCACAUCCAUGCUGUCCUGCCCUGGAAGUCGACUGCGAAUGUCUCAGAUCAUUGGAAGUAAACUCAACAUCUCCAAAGAGCAGGCCCAGUACUUCUGUCAGAUGUACCAGCCUGCCAUGGCUCUGACAGAACUCCAGGUCUCAGUGGGCAGAGCCAGUCUGGAUCGAAAGCAGUCCGAGUCUGUGCAGCUGGUUGUGGAUAAGCAAACAUUUGCUGCCACUCGACCCUCGGCUGUUCUGCUGGAACAGCUGGCAGUCUGCGUGGCCAAAGGAGAGCCGGUCCUGUUGGUGGGAGAGACCGGAACAGGAAAGACCUCCACUGUUCAACACCUGGCCACAGUGACAGGACACAAGUUGCGGGUCAUAAAUAUGAACCAGCAAAGUGAUACGGCUGACCUUCUUGGAGGGUACAAGCCCGUGGACCACAAGCAGAUAGUGCUGCCUCUCAGGGAGGCCUUCGAGGACCUGUUUUCCAAGACUUACUCCAGAAAGCAGAACCUAACCUUCCUAGGUCACGUGCAGACCUGCUUCAGGGGGAAACGUUGGCAGGAUCUGCUCAGGCUCAUGGACCACGUGUGCAAGUCUGCGCUGGCCAACGAGCUGCGGAAGAAACCAAACGGAACAGUGGGAGAUGAUGGCUUCCAAACUGAGUCAGACUCAGCAGCAGAUCCGAGCCUGUGA